GCGCCUGCGCAAGCUCCACCAAAUCAUAGAAAACAUUUCAGUUGUUAUUAAGAUACCACGACGGACGAACGCGUCCACAGUCAGACGUUGUUUGUCCGACUUUUUAACGCGAGUGUUCACUUUUAUUUUGUUUAUCUUUUGCUUUUAUUUAUUUUUACAUAUAAAAGUGUUUUUCAGACGACGAAAAUCAAAGGUGAAAGCAGAAGGUUUCUCAGCGAUGAGGGUGGGCCUCUCAUGAAUGUACGGAAGUGAACACUCGACGAACGACACAUCUGGUGGACAUGGCGCUAUCAAAUAAUUCCUUCUCGAAGACCUAUCAUCGGUUAUUUGUAGAAUUAGCCGAUCCACGAACGAACGAUUGGUUCUUAAUAAAGAGCCCGGGACCAGGGCUAACGAUCCUGGGCCUGUACCUGUACUUCACGUUGAAAUGGGGCCCGAGGUACAUGGCCGACAAGAAACCCUUCCAGCUUCAGAAGACCUUAGUCGUGUACAACUUUAUCCAAGUCUUUGUCAGCAUCUGGUUGUUCUACGAGGGGCUCGAUGCGGGUUGGUUGAGGACUUACAGCUGGAAGUGUCAGCCGGUUGACUUUUCGAGAUCGCCGGAGGCUAUGAGGGUCGCAAGAGGAGUUUACGUGUAUUUCCUCGCAAAGAUGUCCGAACUUCUCGAUACGGUUUUCUUCGUGAUAAGAAAGAAGAAUAAACAGAUCACAUUCCUGCACAUGUACCAUCAUACUGUUAUGCCGAUGAUCUCUUGGGGAGCCACAAAGUACUACCCGGGCGGUCAUGGUACUCUGAUUGGUGUCAUCAAUUCCUUCGUCCACAUCAUAAUGUAUACUUACUACAUGUUGUCGGCGAUGGGACCUCAGUACCAGAAGUUUUUGUUCUGGAAACGGCACAUCACCACCUUGCAAAUGCUCCAGUUUUGUAUUACGUUCAUCCAUUCAUCUCAACUGCUGUUUUACGACUGUGGCUACCCACGCUGGUCCGUCGUUUUUACACUUCCGAACUCCAUUUUCUUUUAUUAUCUGUUCUAUGAUUUCUACUACAAGGCUUAUGGGAAACCCACUGAUAAAAAGGCAAAGGAAGUUAAGAACAGCAGUUGUAGCGAGGAGCAUUUCCAGAACAACGGCGUAUCAAAUGGCCAUAUUACUGAUAAGAAUUAUAGUGCGUUCGAGAGGAAUGGUGAAGUUAGAAAUGGAAAUAAAAAGGAAAAUUAGAAAAGAGAUUAUAAACAUGAAAUUGUAAAUAGUAGAGUAUUGAAUGUAAAU